CAAAUGCCAAUUUUUUUCUCGUGGCGAUGGAGUCGCCGAUAAAAAGAGGCUGAUGUUAGUCCAUCGGACAUGGCCUUGCGCCAUUGCACAUGGAAGAAAAGAAAAACUGAGGUACACCCAAAAAUUAACAUAUUAGAACUUAUCAAUAAUGGACACCGCCAGGUGAGAGGAUCUUUCCUUCUCCUUAUCUUUGUGAAAAUCUCGUCACCUUCAGAUCACAACACCUUCAUAUCCCGAAAGUGAUCAAAGAAACAUGGACACUCCUCUGUCGGGGGAUGUUCCCCAGACCAUGGAGCCCUCGAAGGAGUUACCACUCGACAGUCUACCUUGGACGACGAGGUUGCGAUUGCGGUUCGCGCAGGAUAUCGACCCGGCGUGGGCGGACACGAUCCUGCUGGCAUGUUUCUUCACGACGGGAAUGGUUGACUCUAUAGCCUUCAACACCUGGGACUGUUUCGUUGGGAUGCAAACUGGUAACACUAUCUUUGCCGGUCUCGGAGUCAGCGAUUUACCCAGCACGAUCCCAAAGUACACUUGGACGAAAUCCUUGGCCGCCAUCCUGUCAUUUUGUCUCGGCGCAUUGUUCUUCUCCAGAUUCCAUCGACACCUCGGACCGCUCAGACGAUGGGUCAUCACCUCAUCCUUCCUCAUUCAGACCAUGUUCAUGAUCAUCACGGCGUCGUUGAUAUCUGGGGACGUAGUUGCAAAGACAGAACUCGCCGAGACCGUGGACGGACGAGGCAGGUUCCCUUGGUACGAACUCUGUCCGAUCGCCCUGCUGGCAUUCCAGAGUGCAGGGCAAAUCGUCGCAAGCCGGAUGCUCAAGUACAAUGCCUUGCCGACAGUGGUCUUGACGAGCCUGUUUUGUGAUCUGAUGAGCGACCCGGACCUGUUCACGGCGGGACUACUCCAGGAUCCGGAUCGAAACAGGCGGGCAUUGGGAGCGGUCUUUUUGUUCUGCGGGGCGACGGUGUCUGGAGCUUUGAUCAAGACGUCGAUAGGUUACUCUGGGGCACUGUGGAUUGCCACGGGCGUCAAGGGCUGCAUGGUAAUGGCAUGGCUGGUCUGGAGUGGGAAGCGGUCACAAGUCAAGAAAUGAUGGAUAGACAGUACUGUACAUCAUUUCCGCAUACCUACUAUCCGGCGCAGGGUAGAAACGGGCGAUAAGGCUAUCUUUGAUCUGGGUUAUCUUGGCUGAGGCUUGAGGAUGUACAUAUACCAGUCUAUCGGGCAGUGUAGAUGAAUUCGCACGCUGGCCAGCCUCGCAAACAAACACUCGACCAUCAAUUGAUCCCGUGAAUCUUUCCUCAACAAUCACCAAGACCCUUCAAUGAUGGCUCAGAGUGAAAUCACAUGGGCUUAUGUGAUGGACAGCCAACCAAAAACAAAAGAGAAGAAACACAACGUGUAUUGUAUAACCUUUCCCCUCUUCUUCUGCCUCCCUUGCCCCCCUUUGCCCAGGACAAUAAUAACAUGUCACCUCACUUCCUCUCCUUUUUUUUGUUUCAAAGAAAGCCGAUUUCCUUCUCAAGUCGGGAUUAUUUUUGAUUUUCUAGCUGAUUCUAGCUAGACAUUGUGAUUCUGCAAUACCAACUUUGGAGAAGUUGAGGACGACUGUGCCUCUUCUCAUCGUUUCUCUCCUUGAAUCGUGGCAACCACUUUCCUCGUGUGUUUCGAAGCCCGAAAUUCUAGAUACCAAAUCCCUUGCCACGUGCCAGUGUUCAAUGUACCGUCGGUGAUGGGGAUCGUCACACUCGCCCCCACCAAUGCUGAUUUUAUAUGUGCCUAUGGAUGACAGUUAGCUGUUAACUGAACAAGUCACGAACAAGGGGCGCGCCGUCUCUAUCUCUCAAGUCGGGAAGGUGUAUGAUUUGGAACGCACCGGCAUAUCAUCCAAACCUUCGGCAGAGUGUCGGUAAAGGUUACCCUUUCGAUCCUCAGGAGCAAUUCUGUCCAGGGCGUCGCUCAUGUCCUCCCUCACGUCGGAAUCCCAGUUUUCAUUCAACGACAGAGCACACGACGUGUGUUGGAUGAAGAGGUUCAGGAUACCGACUUUGUAGUCCUUGAUCUCGGGCAGAGAGGACUCGACAUGGUCGGUGAUCAGGUACGAGCCUCUGGACUUGGAGGGUAGGGUGAAGGUCUUUUGGAACCAAGAAGUAGACAUGUUGUCGUUGUUGAGGCUAUUCAAAGGACAACUGACGAUGGGCGACGAUGAUGAAGAUGAAGAAGAGGAUUGACGGGUUGUUGCUGAAAUGGCUAGGUUCAAGGCGCAGAGUGGUAGUCCGACGAGAAACUGUGGUAGACCGGGGAACAAAGCGAGUAGCAGUAUGAAGACGCAAGUGACGGUAAAGUAUUUCGAAUCGGUAAGACUCGUCGUCGUCGUCGUAGGCAUAUCGAUUAAAUAAAAAGUUGAUGUGGUUCACAUGGACAAAACUAACAUACGUCAGAAUGUCCACUUGAGGCACUCCCCACUAUAUCGCCGCUUUUUGAACAAUUUGCCGUAGAUAUACGACUUACAAACACCAAGCAGAGUCAAGGCACAGGAGACGACAUUGAAUAGCAUGAUCUUUGUCGAUAAUAUCGAU